AUCUAAUUAAAAGAAAAAGUGAAUACAUCACCAAAAUGUGAUUUCAUCUUAAUGUAAACAUGAAUAAAGACAUCAUACACAUUUCUCCAGCGUAGACAUUCAUCACAAACUUUUUUCACAUAUUUCAACAUAAAUCUAACACAUGCUUUUUGGCUGCCCCUUGAAAUCAAUCCAUUUUUAUUGAAUUUUCUUGUUUAAUCUGCAACUAGUUACUGCUGCUGCCAUCUUUACGCUACAGCACGUGCAGAUCCCACUCUUCCCGCGCCAUUAAAAUUCAUCAAAAAAGAAACCAACCAUCUGCUGCUUUGCUUUCUGAACCCACUUUUCCAAUCAUUAAUUCUUCUGUUCCCCUUCACAUUUCCGCUCUCUCAAGCAAGAAAUCUCCUUUUCCAUUCAUCACACUACCACCAACCGCUGUCUGUGUUUGGAUUCUUCCUACUUGUUUUCAUUUUAAUAUUGCAUGUUUAGUAUGUGCUCUUUUUUUCCAUUUGGAGUUUCUGUAACUGAAACUGUGACUGUUGGUUUUGUUCCCUUCAGAAUUCUUGGUUGUUGGGUAGCUGAGAUUGGAAGUUUCUGAUCCCUGUAUCAGAGGGAAUGGGAGAGAGUAUGCAUAGUGUUUGAGGGCUUUAAGGUUCUUGACUGAAGAGAUACUAAGAGAAGAGAUGGGAAUCCAGUUGAUCCUUUCGGCAGUGCUAGUGUGUGGUACUCUUUGCUUAUUAGCUAGUACAGAACCUGUUGAGGAUAAAUUUGCUUUGCUCGAUUUCAUUAGAUACACUAACCAUUCGCGGAGUUUGAAUUGGGAUGAGAGAACUUCUGCUUGCCAUAGCUGGAUUGGGAUCACUUGCAAUCAUGAUAGUUCAAGAGUCAUAGCUGUUAGAUUGCCUGCUGUUGGAUUCAAAGGCAGAGUUCCUACCAACACUCUUGGCCGAUUAUCCGCCCUUCAGAUCUUGAGUUUGAGAUCUAAUGGUAUAAGUGGUCCUUUCCCUUCUGAUUUUUUGAAGCUCAGGAAUUUGUCUAGUCUUUAUCUUGAGUCCAAUGAUUUUGAGGGUCCAUUGCCAUUGAACUUAUCUGUUUGGGAAAAUCUUUCGUUGUUGAACUUGUCGAAUAAUAGGUUUAAUGGGAGGAUCCCAUCUUCAAUCUCGAGUCUGACUCAUUUGGUAGCUUUGGAUCUUGCUAAUAACUCUCUCUCUGGUGAUGUUCCUGAUCUCAACAUGCCAACUCUGCAAGUGUUAAAUUUGUCCAACAACAAUCUCACCGGAGAUGUGUCUCAAUAUCUAGAAAAAUUUCCUGGCUCAGCCUUUUCAGGCAACAAUCUUUCUUUGCAGACACAUUCUGCUUCUUCACCCAAACCUAUACAAAAAAAGCAUUCGUCUAAAUUUAGUCAGUCUACCAUUCUUGCAAUUGUCAUUGGCAGUUGCGUGGCAGCCUUCAUAGCAAUCGCCUUGCUGUUGGUUAUCACCAACAGAAGGAAGAAAGGCGGAGAAAGUGGGGCGUCACAGAAGGCAGAGAAAUCAACAAGGAGGAUGGGGUCGCAGCACGUGCAGGAAGGGGAUGGGAGGAUAAUAUUUUUUGAGGGUUGUAAUCUUGUUUUUGACCUUGAGGAUUUACUGAGGGCCUCUGCUGAGGUGCUUGGGAAGGGGACGUUUGGGACUACGUAUAAGGCGGCUCUAGAGGAUGCAACUACAGUUGCAGUUAAGAGAUUGAAGGAAGUCAUUGUUGGGAGGAAGGAUUUCGAGCAGCAGAUGGAGGUAGUUGGGAACAUUAGGCAUGCGAAUGUCGCUCCUUUGAGGGCUUAUUACUAUUCCAAAGAUGAAAAGCUAAUGGUGUAUGAUUUCUAUAGUCAGGGAAGCGUCUCAAUGCUGCUCCACGCUAAAAGAGGCGAAAACCUGUCUCCUCUAGACUGGGAAACACGUUUGAGGAUCGGCAUUGGCGCAGCACGAGGCAUUGCUCACAUCCACUCACAGUGUGGGGGGAAACUCGUUCAUGGCAACAUAAAAUCUUCAAAUAUUUUCCUCAACUCCCAAAAUUAUGGGUGCGUGAGUGAUCUGGGGUUGGCAACGCUGAUGAGCCCGGCCUCGGCCCCCGUGGUCCGUUCGGGGUACCGGGCCCCUGAGGUGAUGGACUCGAGGAAGGCAUUGCAAGCCUCGGACGUGUACAGCUAUGGGGUUUUCCUGCUGGAGCUUCUGACUGGGAAGUCCCCUGUCCACGCCUCGGGUGGGGAGGAGGUCAUCCACCUCGUGAGGUGGGUGAACUCCGUGGUCCGGGAGGAGUGGACGGGGGAGGUGUUCGACGUGGAUCUCCUGAGGUACCCCAACGUGGAGGAGGAGAUGGUGUCGAUGUUGCAAAUUGGAUUGAGCUGCGUGGCGCGAAUGCCCGAGCAGAGGCCUAAAAUGGAGCAUGUGGUGAAGAUGGUGGAGGAGAUCAGGGUUGUUGCCACAGGGAAUGGCUCACAUGCUGGAACUAGGUCUUCCAGUCCCAAUAUCACACCACAUGUGAAUCAGAUUGGAUCAUCUUCGCCAACCAACUAGAUUCUUGCUAAUGGUGAUUUACUUCCAAGAAUUCUCUAGUUUUUUCUUCUUGUUCUUCUUCUUCUUUUUUAAUGAUUAAUCGAUUAUGGUUUUGUAUGCUAAGAAUUGUUCUUUUUUUUAGGGGUGUAUACUAAGAAUUGUUAUUUGUCCGAGGAGGUGUUGGAUUA